UGGUACAUCACGAACAUCCCAACUCCAUGCUCUCUCUCUCUCCUUCUGCGUCGACUCCUCUUCCUCCCUCCACCCCUACACAUCGCCGAUGACGAUGGCAGGACCUUCACCCCGUAAACCACGACGGAAAGCCAAACAGCCGGACAAUGGCAGCGAACUCCCCGUCCCUGUCGCCAGAAGCGCUCCCUUGCCCACCGGACGACCUUCUUCAUCCUCGUUCAGCCGACCUGCGUAUCCUCUUGCCGCGUUUCUUUGGCCUGCGCGAAGCUCGUUGUCGCAAUGGGAAAUAUUGCCGUUGAUACUAAUGGCAGCAGGCCUUUUCCGCUGGGCAGCGGGUCUUUGGGGAUAUUCUGGUAGGAGAUCUGUCUACUCCUGCUCCCGACUUAUACAGCUUCUAACGGCAUCAAUCAGGAUUUCAGAAGCCCCCAAUGUACGGAGACUACGAAGCUCAGAGACAUUGGAUGGAAGUGACCACACAAUUGCCAGUAUCACAAUGGUAUUUCCACGACCUCGAAUGGUGGGGUCUCGACUACCCUCCUCUAACCGCAUACCACAGCUGGCUUUUGGGCAAGGUUGGCGGCUUAAUUGAUGCAUCAUGGUUCGAAUUACACAAGUCACGAGGAAUCCACGAUCCGUCGUUGAAAGUGUUCAUGCGGGCAACCGUUGUUGUUUCUGAAUAUCUCGUCUUCAUUCCUGCGGCCGUCAUUUUCGUAAGACGACUCAGCAAGCUGCAAGGCGUGAAUACCUGGAAUGCUUCAAUUGCGCUAACCGCAGUCCUGAUGCAACCAGGCACUACCUUGAUUGAUCAUGUGCAUUUCCAGUACAACACCGUCAUGCUGGGACUAGUCCUCGCCAGCAUGUCGAGUGUACUCGCAGGCCGAUUCAUGUGGAGUUGCGUUUUUUUCGUUUUGGCCCUCGGUUUCAAACAGAUGGCCUUAUAUUAUGCCCCCGCUAUGUUUGCCUACCUGCUGGGAGUUUGCUUGUUCCCACAACUCAACCUACCGCGCUUUCUCGGCAUUGCAGUCGUCACAAUUGCCUCCUUUGCCGUGCUGCUUCUUCCUCUGUGUUUGGGAGCGUUAUACGAUUCUUCCCGCGGCAUCGAUGCCCGGCCCGACCUUCAUGGACAUAAGGCUCCGUUGCCAAUCUUUCCGCAAUACUCGUAUUUGCUUGAUUAUCGAGCAUGGUACUACCCAAUUGUUCAGCAAUUAGCACAAAUGAUCUACCGAGUCUUCCCAUUUGCUAGAGGUUUGUUUGAGGACAAAGUCGCCAACUUUUGGUGCGCCCUUAAUGUCGUGGUCAAACUUCGACAUUACCCAUCUGAGAUACUUCAAAGAGCCUCAUUACUCUUGACGCUCGGCUCCAUCACACCUGCAUGCUUGGUUAUUUUCUUAAAGCCAAGAAAAGAACUGCUACCGGUAGCAUUGGCGACAACGGCGUGGGGUUUCUUCCUUUUCAGCUUCCAGGUCCACGAAAAGAGCGUGUUAUUACCUCUUAUGCCGAUGACCGUACUGUUGGCCGGAAAGCAAGGGCUAAGUAAGAACACUCGCGCUUGGGUUGGGUUUGCAAAUGUGUUGGGUGUAUGGACCAUGUUUCCACUCCUCCAGCGUGUUGAAUUGCGCAUUCCUUACUAUGUGCUUUCCCUCUUAUGGACAUAUCUUCUCGGCCUCCCGCCAACAACAUUGUCUGUGUACAAACAAGAUGGAACGGCAUCAUGGACGAGCUAUGCGACAGCAGUGCUUCAUAUCAUCUUCUAUCUGACUAUGGGUGUAUGGCACAUUUCAGAAUCAUUUCUUCUACCACCUAGCGACAAACCAGAUCUCUGGGUCGUGGCAAAUGUUGGGGUUGGUGUCGUGGGGUUUGGAAUCUGCUAUAUGUGGUGUCUAUGGACAUUGGUUAUUGAUAGUGGGCUCUUGGGUGUAUCUGAAUCGGGCAAGAGGAAGGUCAAAUCCCAGUAAUCUGUUUAUAGUUCGACAUAUACCCAUGCAUUUUAUCACACCCACUUUCUUCCUAUUUCGCGCAGAUGGACCUAUUAUCGUCGAAGCUAUCGUGAUCCUGACCUAUGGCUUUUGUGUUGCACUACUUCAAAC